GUUAAAGUUGACUCUUGAAUUGAUCGUUGAACAGGAAUAAAAUAAUAAUAUAUAAUGAUAUUGAAAUCCAUUAGGAAUAAUGAUUCUUUGCGCAACACUGUAUAUAUGUAGCGGCGAUUCCGGUGGACGGCGAUUAUACAGAAACUACUAGUGGGUGAAUGAGAUGGAUAGCAAUAGCAAUAGCAAUGCAGCAGCUUCAGCACUUAAUAACAACAACAAUAAUAAUGAUAAUAUGAAUAACGGCGGAGGUGUAUCCUCUAAAAGUAAGACUAAUGAUGGUGGUGAGAGGAAAGGAGGAGGAGGAGCAGGAAUUAAGGGGGAAAUGGUUGGGAAGACGAUUAUAGGCAUCAUUUGUGGCACUCUGGUUUACUACCACUGCGCGUACCGGAAUUCUACCUUCCUAUCCCUUUUAUCAGAUGUAUUUAUCGUCCUCCUCUGCUCCCUUGCUAUUCUCGGUCUCCUCUUCCGCCAAAUUAACAUUCAGGUUCCGGUUGAUCCUCUCGAAUGGCAAAUUUCUCAGGAUACUGCUAACAGCAUCUUUGCGUGCCUCGCCAACACUAUAGGUGCUGCGGAGUCUGUUCUACGUGUCGCUGCUACAGGCCAGGACAAGAGGCUAUUCUUCAAGGUAGUCACCUUUCUCUAUAUGCUCUCAGCUUUGGGAAGGGUGGUCUCAGGUGUUACAAUUGCAUAUGCUGGGGGGGUCCACCAUUAUAAAGAAGCAUGAGCCAAUCAAAAUCCACCAAAUUUAUAAAUUUUGGUGCAUGGGCACACACUAGCAAAACCGUAUUAUAUAUUAACCAAAAAUACUCACAUGCAAAAAUAAAAAAUACUGCCAUCCCCUCCCUCCUCGAGUCUUCUGCCUAGUGGCUGCUGCUUUUGUUAUUCCUAAGCUGAUUCUCAGUGAAACAUAAAAUCUACUGUUUUCAGUUUCCACAGAAGUCAACUGUUGAGCUUAUGAAUCCUUCAAUUACAAUUUUUACUGUAUUUGCAACCAUUUCUAAUUUCAAUUUACUGUCCUGUCUCUUUCUUGUGAAGCUGUAAAAUAAAUGCCUUAAAAGUAAGCCGUGAGAUCCUGCCAGCACUAUUAAAGCUGUAAAUGCAGAUUCAAUCAUACUUCUUUAUAUACCUAUACAAGGAAAAUAAUUUCCUUUUGAGUAGUUUAA